AUGAAAGAGACCUAUCGAACUAUGCACUGCUACUAUGGAGUGUCCGACUUAGAUAAUUUGUUUAACUCAUUGCAAUUUCAGUGUCAAUACCCAAGUUGCCGACGUGUGAUAACCGGUAACGUAUCAUUCGUCUGCCAUCUUUGGGCGCACAUAGCAACGUGGAAGGAAUAUGAUCCGAAAUCGCCUUCAUUUCCAAUACUCAGCGACAGUUCUAUCUCCACGGCACCGUCUAAAAGAAACGACGUUGAUAUCCUAUCGACUUGCCCGAGCUGUACUGCUCGAUUUCACACUCCAUACUUAAUGCAGGUGCACUAUGCACGAUGUCAUUCCCGACAACCCCAAGCUGUAAACCGAGCAGCUAUCUGCGAAAGAGAUGUCCGCUCCGAUGUUGGAGCUGCAAAUGCACUGCGCACUCAUCUACUAACGCAUGAGCCAAACGAUGCCCCUUACCACUGCAAACGAUGUCGCUAUCGGUGCACAGUUCGAAUGCACUUGUUUGAUCAUUUCGUAGUUAACGCAGUCCAUAGUUUUACGGGCCGUAAGGCUUGUAUCUGA